GGCGUUAGCUGAAAAAUCCUUUCAUUUUUCUCACUCACCAGUCAUCACCGCUUCACACCCCUUCUUUACCUCUUUCCUUUUCUGCUUCCUUUUGUAAAAAUAUUCCCCUUCUCUAUUUUGUAUUCCUUCCAUAUAAAAACAACAUACGCAGGAACCUUCACAACGGAUCUUCCGCAAUCAUUCAUUCCCGUCUCUCUCCGCGGCUCUUUGAUUCUCUGCCUCCGGCUUAGUCUUGUCGGAUCAGAUACCAGGAGGGACUGAAAACGACGAGAACUGGGCCGACAUCAUGGUUGAGACCAGGCGCAGCUCCUCUUCUGCCAAGCGCUCUCUCUCUUCCCCCCCUCCUUCCAACGCCAAACGAUCUAAGGUGUCCGAGGACGCAUCGUCAACCAGUCUCCCAUCGGCUGAAAUUUUUGGUCAGGUCAACGAAUCUGGGAAUGAAUCUCGAGAGCCGGAGCUACGGCCAUCUGAUCUGCCAGAUGCCGAUUCUUUGAAGGCUGUAGACCUGAGUGACGCGAGGUUACCUGAGAAAUCCCCUGCAGCGGCUGUCGAAGGCGAGGCUCUGGUGUCGCCGAGGUCUUCAGAUGGAACUGCGGUGGAAGCGGAGAAAUCAAAGUCAGCUAGUGUGGCGGCUCAUGGGCGGUCUAAGAAACGCCCAACGAAAUCCACAAAAUCGAGCGCCAAGGCUGCCUGGGGAAAGCUUCUUUCUCAGUGCUCUCAGAAUCCGCAUCUGCCCAUGCGCGGGCUCUUCACUGUUGGUCAAGGACGUCUGUGUGAUUUGUGUCUUAAAGAUCCUGCUGUUAGUAAUGUUUUGUGCAAAUUGAGGCACAUAGAGCGUGGAGGUUCAUCUGUUGCAUUACUGGAAGUUAUAGGAGGUAAAGGUGUUGUCCAAGUUAAUGGCAGGAACCACCAUAAAAAUUCCCGUGUGAUCUUAAGUGGUGGUGAUGAGGUGGUCUUCAGUUCUUCUGGCAAGCAUGCUUAUAUUUUUCAACAGCUUACCAGUAAUAAUCUAACCACAGCAGGGGUACCCCCUUCUGUAAGUAUAUUGGAAGCCCGAAGUGCCCAAAUUAAGGGAAUGCGAAUUGAAGGAUCUGGGGACUCUUCAGCUGUUGCAGGAGCAUCAAUAUUAGCGUCUUUAUCUAACCUUCACAAAGAUUUAUCUCUCCUUCCACCUCCUGCUAAAACUGGCGAGAAUGCCACCCAGAAUGCUGAGGUUUUGUCUGUAACUUCUGGCCAUAGGGAUGAUAGUGUGGACAAUGAAAUGAAGGAUGCCACCAAAAAUGAUGAUUCAACUGAAGGUAUUUUAUCUGAGAAAACUGUUCUUGCAUCCUCUGCUGCUGCGGCCAAUGAAAAUCCUAGUCUUGACACCAUGGGAGUAGAUGCUGUUGUGGAUGCAGAUGUUGGGAAGGUAAAUGGGACUGCCUAUGAAUUAAGGCCAUUGUUGCGCAUGCUUGCUGGUUCUAGUACUGAAUUUGAUUUGGGCAGUAGCAUUUCCAAAAUAUUGGAAGAGCGGAGGGAUUUAAGAGAACUCCUUAAGGAUUUUGACCCCCCCACAAUCUUGGCAUCAACGAGGAGGCAAGCAUUUAAGGAGAGUUUACAAGAAGGAAUUCUAAAUCCUGAUGAUAUUGAUGUCUCAUUUGAAAGUUUCCCAUACUUUCUAAGCGAUACAACAAAGAAUGUUUUGAUUGCUUCUACACACAUUCAUUUGAAGUGCAAUGGUUUUGCAAAGUAUGCUUCAGAUCUCCCUUCAGUGUGCCCAAGAAUAUUGUUAUCUGGUCCUGCAGGUUCGGAGAUAUAUCAAGAAACUUUAUCGAAGGCCCUGGCAAAGCAUUUUGGUGCCAGGCUGCUGAUUGUGGAUUCUCUUUCGUUGCCUGGUGGGACAACACCAAAAGAAUCUGAUUCCACUAAAGAAAGUUCUAGGCCUGAGAGAGCAUCUAUGUUUACAAAGCGAAGUGCACAGGCUGCCCCAUUACAGCAUAAGAAGCCGACUUCUAGUGUUGAUGCUGAGAUUGUAGGUGGAUCGACAUUAAGUUCUCAGGCCAUGCUGAAGCAAGAGGUGUCUACUGCGUCAUCCAAGGGCUCUACCAUAAAAACAGGUGACAGAGUUAAAUUCGUUGGUAAUGUUCCUUCAACCAGUGUAUCGCUAACGAAUUAUCCUUCUAGGGGCCCGAGUUAUGGCUCCCGUGGAAAAGUUCUUCUUGCUUUUGAAGAAAAUGGGUCAUCAAAAAUUGGAGUCAGGUUUGAUAAGUCAAUUCCAGAUGGCAAUGAUCUUGGAGGCCUUUGUGAAGAUGAUCGGGGUUUCUUUUGUUCUGCUAAUCAUUUACUACGAGUUGAUGGUUCCGGAGUGGAUGACAAUGACAAGCUUGCCAUAAAUGAAAUUUUUGAGGUGGUCUCCAAUCAAAGCAAAAGUGGUUCGCUAGUGUUGUUCAUGAAAGAUAUAGAGAAGGCAAUGGUUGGAAACACUGAAGUUUUGAAGAGUAAAUUGGAAAGUUUGCAACAGAAUGUUGUUGUAAUUGGCUCGCAUACCCAGCCAGACAAUCGCAAGGAGAAGACCCACCCAGGUGGCCUUCUGUUUACAAAGUUCGGGAGCAAUCAGACUGCACUACUUGACCUUGCAUUUCCGGAUAAUUUUAGUAGACUUCAUGAUAGAAGCAAAGAAACCCCCAAAACGAUGAAGCAACUUAGUCGCCUUUUCCCCAACAAAGUCACAAUACAACUGCCUCAGGAUGAGGCUUUGCUUUCUGAUUGGAAACAGCAGUUGGAACGUGAUGUUGAAACUAUGAAAGCUCAAUCAAAUGUUGUCAGUAUUCGUACAGUUCUCAACAGGUUUGGAUUGGAUUGCCCUGACCUUGAGACUCUUUGCAUUAAAGAUCAAGCCCUAACAACUGAAACUGUGGAAAAAGUCAUUGGCUGGGCUAUAAGCCAUCAUUUUAUGCAUCAAUCUGAAGAUUCAAUCAAGGACACUAAGCUUGUGAUAUCUACUGAGAGCAUUAAGUAUGGGCUGAACAUUCUACAGGGCAUUCUGAGUGAAAACAAAAACUUAAAGAAAUCACUCAAGGACGUGGUUACUGAGAAUGAGUUCGAGAAAAAACUUCUUGCUGAUGUUAUUCCACCCACUGAUAUUGGGGUCACUUUUGAUGAUAUUGGAGCCUUAGAAAAUGUAAAGGACACCUUGAAGGAAUUGGUCAUGCUUCCUCUUCAGAGGCCUGAAUUGUUCUGCAAGGGACAGUUGACUAAGCCUUGCAAGGGGAUAUUGCUCUUUGGGCCCCCUGGUACCGGGAAAACAAUGCUUGCAAAAGCUGUAGCAACUGAGGCUGGAGCAAAUUUCAUCAACAUCUCAAUGUCGAGUAUCACUUCAAAGUGGUUUGGUGAAGGAGAGAAGUAUGUCAAAGCAGUCUUUUCUCUAGCAAGCAAAAUUGCUCCAAGUGUUAUUUUCGUUGAUGAGGUUGAUAGCAUGCUAGGAAGACGUGAGAAUCCUGGUGAGCAUGAGGCUAUGCGUAAGAUGAAGAAUGAGUUUAUGGUGAACUGGGAUGGAUUGCGUACAAAAGAUAAAGAGCGCAUACUUGUUCUUGCUGCGACAAAUAGACCUUUUGACCUUGAUGAGGCUGUUAUUAGGAGGCUCCCCCGAAGAUUGAUGGUUAAUUUGCCAGAUGCUCUGAACAGAGAGAAAAUUCUCCGAGUCAUCUUGGCAAAAGAAGACUUGGCACCUGAUGUUGAGUUGGAAGCAAUUGCAAAUAUGACUGAUGGAUAUUCAGGAAGUGACCUAAAGAAUCUGUGUGUUACAGCAGCUCACUGUCCAAUCAGAGAAAUCUUGGAGAAGGAAAAGAAGCAACUAAUCUUUCAGGAGAGAGGUUUGGCGUUGUCUGAGAACAGACCUUUACCUGCAUUAUGUAGCAGUGCCGACAUUCGACCCUUAAAGAUGGAAGAUUUCAAGUAUGCACACGAGCAGGUGUGUGCCAGUGUGUCAUCGGAGUCAACAAAUAUGAAUGAGCUACUCCAAUGGAAUGACCUUUAUGGAGAAGGUGGGUCCAGAAAAAUGAGAUCUCUGAGCUAUUUCAUGUAAAGCUCUGUAUAGCAUACCUUGCUUAGAUUAUUCUUCUCUUUUAUCUCCCAAAAUGCUGCAACGAGGUGAGCGACCAAUAAAUUCAAGUUCCUUAAUUGGUCCUGCCUCCAUUGUAUCAUAUCUAUAGUUUUUACCCUUCUUUCUCUCAGUUCUCUCCCCAAUCCUCUGUAUUUUAUUCUGUGCCCAAAAGUUUUCAACCUUCGUUGAGUAGAUUAUUGCAGUUUCAUUGCCAUGAAAUAAUAUCUUACUUUUAGGUCUCCUCCUUUGCCCUAUCAAACCCUUCCCUUGAACGACUCCGGAAUGUAAGGUUGCCCUGUUCUGGGCUCUAUGUAUAUCCCAUAUAUUUAAAAGCAAUUGCAAAUCUUAUUUUUGCUAAUUUAUCAAAAAUGUGCUUCC